UCUCGUCACCGGCCUUGGCUGGGGAGCUCAGGCAGGCAAGCAGGCGGGCAGGCGGGCGGGGGGAGGGGGGGUGCCUGGCGGCCGGAGCACCUGCUGCUGCUUCUGCUGCUGCUGCCUGACGGCCCCGCCGAGGGUUUUCGUGCUCCGGCGUUGCAAAGCGAAUUUAGCAGGCAAAAAAAGAAAGAAAGAAAGAAGCCGGUGGCGCAAUCCGGGGGCGAAGCUGCGGCAACCAAGGCUCCGGGGCAUCGCGACGGUGGAAGAAAGGAGCUGAGCGAGGGCAUCGGCCGGCUUGGCAGCGUGGAUGAAAGUUUGGUCGGAAUUCCGUGCAGGGACAAUUAGAAAUUUGGGCACAGUUGUGGUCGUAAGUCAAGGACUACUUGCAUAAGUUUUCAUUCUCCUAGGGACUCCAACCGUCAUGUUAAGAUAAAGCAGAAAGGUGCAGUGCUGAACAUGCUAAAGAGGCUGGACAAAAUAAGGUUCAGAGGACAUAGGAGAGAUGACUUCCCGGACUUAGCAGAGUCUCCCAAUGCUUCAGAUACUGAAUGUGGAGAUGAAAUCCCUAUGAAAAUACCUCGUACAUCAGGCUACGAUGAACUGAGAGACCCUGCUGGUCCUGGGACUGUCAUCAUGGCUACAGGAGUUCCCGAUUACAACAGAACAGAAUCUGACAGAUUAAAUGAGAUCAAAGGCCACUUGGAAAUUGCCUUGCUGGAAAAGCACUUUCUCCAGGAGGAGCUAAGAAAGCUGAGAGAAGAAACCAACGCUGAAACGCUUAAGCAAGAGUUAGAAAAAGAACGCUUGAGGAGGAUAGAACUGGAACAAAAAGUCAGUGAAAUUCUAAAAGCAAGAGCAGACGAAUCGCCUCCAUCUACCCAGCAGCCCCCCAAAGCACAGAAUGGAACAGAUAAACGCAGCCACAUGGUGUGUUCAAGAGUUCAGAAGUGGAUUUAUGAUAAGUUUGGAGAAUAUAUUGAAGACUUUAGAUUUCAGCCAGAAGAAAACACAGUGGAAACCGAAGAGCCGCUCAGUGCUAGACGGCUAACAGAAAAUAUGAGAAGAUUAAAGAGAGGUGCCAAACCGGUUACAAAUUUUGUGAAGAAUCUUUCUGCCUUAUCCGACUGGUUUUCUGUCUACACUUCUGCUAUUGCCUUUAUUAUCUACAUGAAUGCUGUAUGGCAUGGCUGGGCCAUUCCUAUGUUCUUAUUUUUAGCAAUUUUGAGGUUGUCGCUAAAUUACCUCAUAGCCAGAGGGUGGAGAAUACAGUGGAGCAUUGUGCCUGAAGUUUCUGAGCCUAUUGAACCUCCCAAAGAAGACUUAACGGUGUCAGAAAAGUUCCAGCUUGUUCUGGAUGUCGCACAAAAAGCACAGAAUUUAUUUGGAAAAAUGUCAGAUAUACUAGAAAAAAUUAAAAAUUUGUUCAUGUGGGUCCAGCCUGAAGUAACGCAGAAACUAUAUAUUGCUUUAUGGGCAGUUUUUAUUGCAUCCUGCUGCAUUCCUUACAGGAUGAUUGGGCUUGCAAUAGGACUAUAUGCAGGAAUUAAAUUUUUUCUGAUUGAUUUUGUCUUCAAACGGUGUCCAAGACUACGAGCAAAGUAUGAUACUCCUUAUAUCAUAUGGUUGAACUUGCCUACGGAUCCUCAACUCAAAGAAAGGGCUAAUGCUACAGUAUCGAGACGGGGACGCGAUGGCUCAGUGACUAAGACACCAAGCUUGUCGAUCAGAAGGUCGGCACUUCAGCGGUUCGAAUCCCUAGUGCUAUGUAACGGGCCUCAAACAGCAGCAUCCCGAAGCUAUGUAGGUUCAAACACCUCAACAGGAGUGAAUCGAGAUGAGGAAACCAGCCGCUUUCACAAUACAAAGAGAGGAAACUUCCAUGAAGUAUUUAACUUGCCAGAACAUGAGCGCCCAUUGGCAGUGUGUGAAAAUGGCUGGCGCUGCUGCUUGAUAAACAGAGAUAGGAAGAUAACCACUGAUUACAUUAGGAACGGCGUUCUCUAUGUUACUGAAAGUUACUUAUGCUUUGAAAGUUCCAAAUCUGGUUCAUCUAAAAGAAAUAAAGUUAUAAAACUUGCAGAUAUAACAGAUAUUCAAAAGUACAAAGUACUUUCUGUUCUCCCAGGAUCUGGGAUGGGUAUUGCAGUAUCCACACCAUCUACACAAAAACCACUCGUGUUUGGUGCCAUGGUACACAGAGACGAAGCUUUUGAGACUAUUUUCAGCCAGUAUGUGAAGAUAAGCUCUGCAGCAUCUGCCAGUGAAAGCUAGUAUAUCAUCCUUGCCGGUUAUUAUAGGAAACAUCAUGAAUUUUACUCACCCAGUAGUGAAUAAAAAGGUGGAACAUCCUUCAAUCAUCAGUCCUGCAAUAAUUUUCUUCGUUGCAUAUGUCUUAUGUUACAGAAGUGCAUUUUAUACAUGCCUUCCAAGGUUUCUGUUGGUUUUUAUUUACUGUUGUUGGUUUUUUUGGUUUUUGUAAUAAAAUAAAAGAACAGUGAAAAUGCUAUCAGCACUGUUAGCCUUGCACAUUAAGCACUUUUAAUGUUUGUUCACUGACAUUAAAAAGCUUAGGAAGAUUCUUAGCAAAACUAGCUUGAGGGGUAGGCCUUGUCUUAAUAAGACAUACCCUGAACUCUGCGGUUCAUCCGAUAUUUCUUUAGCUACGGGUUCUGCACACUUCCACUGCACAAAUUCCAUUGAUUUAAGUGGCAUUACUAUAUAUACACAAAUGGGGCGCAGGUUUCGAUUGAACUUAGCAAAAACUGUCAAGGAUAUGAUUUUGAAAGGUCUCGUGUUUCCCUAAAUGAGGUGUAAAUAAUAAUAAUAUUUGAAGGUAUGAGUAUUUGAAGCUGUGCUUCCAGAAAACUUUCAUACUGACUUCUGUAUUUUUUCAAAAGGCAUUUUUAGUUUUAGAGACAGCUGGCAGAUGCAAUUAAAUCUUCAGACAGUUGGUAUGCUCAUUUCUUCUCGGCCUCUCUUAUACAUCUUGCUUUGUCAUUUAUCUUACGCCCCUCUGUUGACAUAACAAAUGUUCCCAGUGUUUUUGAUAGAGAAAGCAACUUUUUAGAAUUAUCCUGUAUUUUCCUUAAAAUAUUGGAUAAACAUGAAAGUUAUCAAAAAUGUGUCCAUUGGAAUGGAAGAGAAACAAUGGAAAUAGUGUUGUAUCAAUGUACUACAAGCUCUACAUCCUUUGUAGUAUUUUGAAAUGUCAUACACACAUAAAAAAAGAAGGGCUGCAACAUUAGAUCAACAUAAUUUUGAUGAAACCUCGGGAUCUUGCUGUUACCCCUGUACAUGUCCAUAAUUCUUUUUCUUUUUGUAUAGGUAUUCCUAUUGGUAAAUUUGGUAUUGCACCAACGUUAAUUUGCAUUGGUUGGUAUUUUAGCUUCUUGAGAGCUUUAGCUACACUUUUUGUAGUAAUUAACUUUGUGUGCGGUAGUCUUUUAAUCAUGAAAAGAAAUUGAGUAGAUGACUAAAACUCCACAUGCCAAUUUAAUAUUUUAUAAAGAUGGUCAUGAUGCAUUAGUUUUGGUUUCUUUUAUUUUAAAGUCAGUUUUUGAAGAUUGGAUGGUUCUUAACAGAGAAGCAGUAGAUCCUGGAAUCUAUUCUGUACUCCAAAUGAUCCCCUCAAUUGCUUUUUAUUGUGUACAUAGAGUCAACUGUUUACAAAUACGAUUGGAACUGUCAAGUAGGAAGAGAGAGGCUGCUUCUAUGCUAUGAACUAGUCUAUCCCAAACCAAUCCGUUGCUUUGAAUUCUGUUGUUGACUCUGUUACAUGCAUUUGCAUGUAACAUGUCACUGCUGCUCAGUUAAGCUUAAUUAUUAUAGGUUCAGAUAUCAUAAGAAGAUGGACUAAAAAAAAAGAAGUCAAGCAGGACUAAAAUUGUGGGCAAUAAAUGCUAGAAAAAUUUAGCAAACUGAUUUAUGUGUGGAGAAAACCUAGUUUCUUAAAAAGGAUUAAAACACAUGUUAAUUAUUGGUCUUUCAGGAUCUGAAAGGCUCAUAUGCUCAUAUAUUUUCUAUAAGGUAAUACGAAGUUUCAACUCAGUGCUAAUGUGAACCAGUAGUGGGUUUCAAAUCCUGGCGCUACCAGUUUGCUAUUGGGAGCGUGUGGGUGCACAUACGCCCAGCAUUUUUGAUGAUGUCUGGGUGGAUGGGCGCAGCCUCCCGCCACCACUACCAGUUCACCCGAACCGGUAGCAACCCACCACUAAUGUGAACCCCUAAAAUGUUAAAUGAAUUUACUCUAUGUGAUUCUCCAUGAUGAAUUAAACUCAUGAUUUCAAUAGACUUAGAGUAGGGCAAAAAUAUACUAGAUUUUUAAUAAUUAAGAUGCAAUUCGCAUAGAAAUGCAAUUCAUAUAGAAUUAAAACAUGAGAAAAUACUGCAACUUUAUAACAUAAAACCUUUUCCCUGGAAAUAAAUUGCAAAGCUAUUAAACCAUAAUUUUAAUGGGAAGAAUGCACUUGUUUUCUUCUUCAUGACCUUGAAAUCUGGAUUUCAUUUUUGAGAUGGCUGCUCUCAUAUUUUGUUCCAUAUUUAUUUUGGA